CCUAAACCGACUAUGAACAUGACAACGAAUUUUUAAUAGUGUGUGUGCGUGUGUAGUGUUUGCCGUUUUAAAAUGAGAGGAGCCAAGGCGAUUUAUCUGAUCCUGUUUUUUGGACACCUUUCUGCGUUGCCGGAUACGAUAAGGAUUGGUGGCCUCUUCCACCCUGAAGAUGACAAGCAGGAGGUAGCGUUCCGCUACGCUGUUGAGCGCGUGAACGCCGACCGAGCUGUUCUGCCACGCGCCAAGCUGCUGGCGCAAGUUGAGACCAUCUCACCGCAGGACAGCUUCCACGCUUCUAAGAGAGUAUGCCACCUGCUCCGAAGCGGCGUGGCGGCUAUCUUUGGGCCGCAGAGCGCCCCGGCGGCCGCGCACGUGCAGUCCAUCUGUGACACCAUGGAGCUGCCCCACCUGGAGACUCGGUGGGACUACCGGACGCGACGCGAGUCGUGCCUCGUCAACCUGUACCCGCAUCCAGCUGCUUUGAGCCGGGCGUACGUGGACCUGGUGCGAGCGUGGGGUUGGAAGUCGUUCACAAUCGUGUACGAGAACAGCGAGGGUCUAGUUCGACUUCAGGAGUUACUGAAGGCCCAUGGGCCUUUGGAGUUGCCGGUCGCCGUGAGGCAGCUGCCAGAUUCCCAUGACUACAGGCCUCUGCUUAAGCAAAUCAAGAACUCAGCAGAGUCGCACAUAGUACUGGACUGUGCGACCGACAGAAUACGAGAUGUUCUUCAGCAAGCACAACAGAUCGGGAUGAUGUCGGACUACCAUAGCUAUCUCAUCACUUCUCUGGACUUGCAUAGCGUUGACCUAGAAGAAUUCAAAUACGGUGGCACUAAUAUAACCUCACUAAGGUUGCUAGACCCUGAAAGAGCUGACGUCCAAAGAGUAGUGAGAGAUUGGGUCUAUGAUGAAGCAAGGAAAGGAAGGAAAUUGCAACUGGGACAUACCUCUGCUAAGGAAAACAUGACCUUUAUAAAGACCGAAACUGCGUUAAUGUACGACGCCGUGCAUUUAUUCGCAAAAGCUUUACACGACCUGGACACGUCACAGCAGAUUGACGUGCGGCCUCUGUCUUGCGAGGCCGAAGACACAUGGCCUCAUGGGUAUAGCCUCAUCAAUUAUAUGAAGAUCGUAGAGAUGAAGGGAUUAACCGGAGUUAUAAAGUUUGACCAUCAAGGAUUCAGGAGCGACUUCACCCUCGACAUAAUAGAACUCACAAGGGACGGCCUCCAGAAAGCCGGUAUUUGGAACUCAUCGGAAGGCGUGAACUACACUCGAUCUUACGGUGAAAAUCAGAAGCAGAUUGUCGAGAUAUUGCAAAACAAAACAUUAAUAGUGACGACGAUUUUGAGUGCUCCAUAUUGUAUGCGGAAGGAAGCAAGCGAGAAGUUGACAGGAAAUGCGCAAUUCGAAGGGUACGCCAUCGAUCUCAUUCAUGAGAUAUCUAAAAUUCUGGGCUUCAAUUACACAUUCAAGCUCGCGCCUGACGGCAGAUACGGCUCCUUCAAUCGGGAAACUAAAGAAUGGGAUGGCAUGAUAAGAGAAUUGUUAGAACAACGUGCUGACGUAGCCAUUGCGGAUUUAACCAUUACAUACGACAGGGAGCAAGUGGUCGACUUCACAAUGCCUUUCAUGAACCUCGGAAUUUCGGUACUCUACCGCAAACCUAUAAAACAACCGCCGAACCUGUUUUCGUUUCUCUCGCCAUUGUCUCUGGACGUCUGGAUUUAUAUGGCCACCGCAUAUUUGGGCGUUUCAGUGCUUCUAUUUAUUUUGGCCAGGUUCAGCCCGUACGAGUGGGACAGCCCGAGGAACUGUCUUGACGAGCCGCAGGUGCUGGAGAAUCAAUUCACUCUGUUGAACUCGCUGUGGUUCACUAUCGGCUCCUUGAUGCAGCAAGGUUCGGAUAUCGCACCGAAAGCGGUUUCAACGAGAAUGGUGGCGGGAAUGUGGUGGUUCUUCACUUUGAUCAUGAUAUCAUCGUAUACCGCGAAUUUGGCCGCAUUUCUUACCGUCGAGCGCAUGGACUCGCCUAUUGAGAGCGCGGAAGAUCUCGCAAAACAGACAAAAAUCAAGUAUGGCGCUUUGAAAGGAGGGUCCACCGCUGCUUUCUUCAGGGACUCAAACUUCUCGACUUACCAGCGCAUGUGGUCGUUCAUGGAGUCUGCGAGGCCGUCUGUAUUCGCGACUAGUAACAAAGAGGGGGAGGAGCGCGUGAUGAGAGGCAAGGGCGCGUACGCGUACCUCAUGGAAUCUACAACCAUCGAGUAUGUGGUCGAGCGGAAUUGCGACCUCACGCAAGUCGGGGGCAUGCUCGACUCUAAAGGCUACGGGAUCGCGAUGCCGCCUAAUUCCCCAUACCGAACUGCUAUCAGUGGUGCUGUUUUAAAACUACAAGAGGAAGGAAAAUUGCAUAUUUUGAAAACGAAAUGGUGGAAAGAGAAAAGAGGCGGAGGAUCAUGUAGGGACGAGACAUCAAAAUCGUCGUCGACAGCAAACGAGCUGGGUCUCGCCAAUGUCGGCGGCGUAUUCGUAGUGCUGAUGGGAGGGAUGGGUGUGGCGUGUGUCAUCGCUGUCUGCGAGUUUGUGUGGAAGAGUCGCAAAGUCGCUGUGGAUGAACGGGUGAGUUUACCUUAUAACGAGUCUAUGGUAGAAGAGCCAGACGCAACAACAUAGUGUGAGUAAAGUAUCCCCAUAACAUAAAUUGACGGCCCGAUUCAAA